CCCGUUUCCUCUUCAUCAUGACGUGACAAUCUUCCAGUCUAUUUGUCGUUGAAAGACCAGUUGCUAUUCUCCGGCAGUGUUUGACUGGCCAGGCGUCAUUUUCUUUUCACGAGGACUCAUCUUGGUAGCAUACGUUCCAUUAGAGAGGACAAGGGGUUCAACAAUCCCCCAUCUCUUUUCUUCAGUUUCAACACACUCUUUUUCGCAUAGGUGCUACUUUUUUCGAUUCUUUACGUUUAUUUAACCGACCUGGACUUGAGGAUUACUCUUGUCCGGCCCCUUCCCCACCGAUCCCUCGUUGUUCGACGUGACGUCUAUGUUUAUCAUUCGCGCUCGAAGCCCCUACUCUAGUUCAGUCGCAUGGCAUUAUGAUCUUGUGUGAUACUCUAUAGCACCCAAGAAUUACCUCCGCAAACUGUCACAAUUAUGUCAGCACACAGUUCAGAACAGAGUGCCCCUGCUUCGAACCCAAUAACACAGCAUGCUCUGGGUCUGCCCAGGCCGCCAUCUGUUGGCGGGAUAUCAUCCCGGGUGACGGAUAUGGCUUCAGAAGACGGCGAGAUAUCGCAAGCACCGACCGGAUUAUCGUCGUAUCCUACCCAAUCGCGAGCGUCACAGUUUUUGAGAGGACCGUCGAACAGGACCUCUCUUGCAGCAUCCAGCCAAGUGGCAAGCAGGCCAGGCACGUCGGGAAGCCGAAUAAGUCGAUCACAUAUUCCCUCGUUGACGGCGCAGGCUUUUUUUCGGCCAAUGAGUUCGCAAAAGCUGCAGGCACAUCGCGGCGGUCGCCCGCUCACCAAAGAAACCGCAGUGUCAAAUGAAGCCUCAGUUGACCAGGGCAAUCAAAAUAGGGCAAGCUUGAUCUCAAACAGCACGUUCCCGCAAUCGAAUCCCCAGGAACUGGAAGUCCCACCGUCUCGAGGUACGGAGUUCACGGACCCUAUAAUCUCGGAUAGGAACACUUCGAAUGCCAGUCCAACAGGCAACACAACAGUGAGGAGUUUGGGAGAUAGUGUGCGACUUCUUCACGAGCGGGAUAGGUCAUACGCAACCACGCAAACGAAUCUCAACAUCAGCACAAAUUUCAAAGUCAAUCAAACGCCAGACAUGCCGGCCCGGUCCUCUCUCUCAUUUCUCAACCUGCAGAACAAGAACGUUGCCCACGACCGUCAGGAUGGGCAUGGCCAAGAACGACUGUCAUCAGCCGGCUCGUCGCCCGGAUCUCUUGAUGUCAAACAAGCACGAAUGCCUAGGAAGCAAAACUUAGGGAAGAACUACGAAUAUUUCCUGGGGAAUACCAUCUUUUUCGGUGGUGGGCGGUUCCAGAAUUCGAGAGAUAAGCCGAUCAAUAUCAUAACAGGAAUCUUCGUCGUCCUACCUUCCGGCCUUUUCUUUGGGUACUCAGCGCCAUGGCUAUGGCAUAACAUCUCGCCGGCAAUACCUAUUCUGUUCGCAUACUUAUUUUACAUUUGCUUCUCUUCGUUUAUCCACGCUUCAGUGGUUGAUCCCGGCAUUAUUCCACGCAAUCUGCAUACCAUCCCAGCAACAGAUCCAACUGAUGACCCAUUGGCGAUAGGUCCAGCAACGAAUGACUGGGUUAUGGUCAAAUUGGCUACUUCCGAUGUUGCGGCUAUGGAUGUGCCUGUGAAGUACUGCAAGACCUGCAAUAUCUGGCGUCCACCCCGAUGCUACCAUUGCCGCGUGUGCGACAAUUGCAUCGAGACUCUAGAUCAUCACUGCGUGUGGCUCAACAACUGUGUAGGGCGUCGCAACUACCGCUACUUCUUCAUUUUUGUGAGCUCUGCGACUAUUCUCUCAUUGUUCUUGAUCGGUGCGAGUCUGGCCCACAUUCUGGUAUACCGUUCUCAGGAAGGUAUCUCGUUUGGAACUGCUAUCAAUAAAUUAAGAGUUCCCUGGGCUAUGGUGAUAUACGGGGUCGUCGCCGGCCCCUAUCCGGCCUCCCUGUGGACAUAUCAUUUGUUCUUAACUGGUCGAGGCGAAACCACUAGAGAAUAUCUCAAUUCUCAAAAGUUCGCAAAAUCGGAUCGUCAUCGGCCAUUUACACAGGGGAGUCUCUUCAAGAAUUGGACCUCUGUUCUUCUCCGUCCUCGUCCGCCGACAUAUCUGGAGUUCAAGCGCCCUUACCGGGAAGGCGAUCAACGCCUCGGUGCGGAAAAGCGCAAAAACCUGCCCAAAGAUGUCGAGGCUCAAGGAGAUAUAGAGUUGCAACAUGUUGGCAGGGGCGAGCAAAGCUAAUUCCUUGGUUUCUCGAUGCAUGCAUUAUUAUUAAAAGGUAUUGAUACCCAUUGGUUUGGGAGUCAUUUUGAAAGGUCAUGGGUUUGGUAUAUGUGAUAAUCAUCGCCAGCUAUGAAGCGGCACUCUAUACUUUCUUUUCAGCUUUUCCUUCCUAUAUUCUUCCAUUCCUUUCUCCCAACCUUUUUCUUUUUCCAUUUUCUCUCGAUCAAAUUCGCGGAAUGUCUUGAGAUGACGGGCGAUUUCUCUUCAAUAUGAUACCUAAUUUGUUUCGUUUCAAAGAUAAUACUAUAUAAUCUCUCAUAUUAUCCCCCCCCCCC